AUGGAAGCAGGAAACGGCAUCACCAAAGAAGUUUGUUCCCUCGCUCUCUUCACGCCCCUCUGUCCUGUUAACCCGUCGACCACAGUCUCCGGGCUGUUCCUGCUGCUGCUGCUGCCCCAGGCCGCGCUGGCGCGGUGGGCAUGCGUGCGUGCCUGCCCUUCCUCCUGCACCUGCACCCAGGAGAGGAGCUGCAGCGUGCUGUGCGACCGCUCUGCCCUGGCUGAGCUGCCCAAGGAGUUCCCCUGCGAGGCCUCGUCCAUCAACGUGGACAAGAACCGCCUCAGGUUCCUGUCGGAGCGGGCGUUCGGGACCCUGCCCUCGCUGCGCAGCCUCUCCCUGGACCACAACAACAUCUCCUUUAUCACGCCUGGAGCCUUCAAGGGCCUGCCCAACCUGGUGGACCUGAAGAUGGCCCACAACGAGUACAUCAGCUACCUGCACACGCGCACCUUCUCGGGCCUGAAGAAGCUGGUGCGCGUGGACAUGUCCGACUGCAACCUGUUCAACAUCCCCGACCGCAUCUUCCUGGAGCAGAUGGCCCUGAGGGAGGUGCGCUGCUUCCAGAACCACUUCCGCCGGAUCCCCGGAGCCUUCCGGGACAUGGUGAACCUCACCCACAUCUACCUGGAGAAGAACAAGAUCGAGGCGGUGGCCUACAACUCCCUGCUAGGCCUGAGUAAUCUCAGGUAUCUAAACCUCGAGGACAACCGCAUUAAGGUCAUCCACGACCAGUCCUUCCAGGACCUGCAGCGACUGGAGACCUUCAACAUCAACGACAACCGGCUGGUGGUGCUGCCCCAGGACUCCUUCAAGGGCCUCACCCGUCUCAAGAUGCUCAACCUGGGGGGCAACCUGCUGACCAACGUCACCAAGACCUGGUUCAGCGACCUGGUGGAGCUGGAGGUCCUCUACCUGGACCGGAACCGGCUGCUCUCCAUCGAGGAGGGCUCCUUCGAGAACCUCACCAGCCUGAUCACCCUCCACCUGAACAGCAACAACCUCACCGCCUUGCCCUUCCCCGUCUUCCAGCCCGUGUACUUCCUGGGGCGCCUCUUCCUCUUCAAGAACCCCUGGGAGUGCGGCUGCUCCCUGGAGUGGCUGAAGGAGUGGAUGGAGAGCUACCAGCUGGUGCGCGACAUCCCGUGCGCCUCGCCCUCCUCCGUGGCCGGCCUGGACCUGGGCGAGGUGGUGUUCGCCCGGGCCAACGGCUCCUGCGUGGACCCCCCCGAGCUCAACGCCACGGCGGCCUCCACCGCCGUGGCGUCCACCACGGAGAACCGCUUCAACAGCCUCAUCUCCCGGCUGCUGCAGAGCGAGCUGCAGGAGGAGACGGGGAACCUGACGGAGGGCUUCCGCAACGACACCCUGCUGGACCCGGAGGGGGCGCUGCUCUCGGUGGCGGGCCGGGGGCGGGCGGCCCGGGCCCACGUCCGCCUCCUCGUCGCGGGGUUCCUCUGGAGUUUGAGCGCCUGCUCGGAGAUUAGUUUUCGUGUGUUCGGGACAUGAAGGGAAAGGUACCAACGGUGUUGGGAUCGGUGGUCGGAUAAGAAUGGGCCAAUCCGAUGGUUGGGCGGUUUUGGUUACACUUUGAAAUAGUGAUAAGAAAUCGGGAUGCUCCCCCCCCCCCAUCUCCCACUGCAUGGUUUGCAGUCUGAGGAGCGGGUGUCCCAGCAAUUGAUUUCGGCCACGCUGUGCCGUGAGACUUGGAUGGUUACGCAGAACAUUAAGACCCUGAUCUUCUUUACGCUUUGGCUUUCAACACAUGGCAACCCGACUGUCGGGUUGACCAACUGAUCAUAAAUCAGAAGCUGUGGUUACAUAACCCCUUACAAAUGACAUUUCAUUGAUAAUGUGUUGCAGCGACACAUACCCAUUCAAUUUUCCAUCUCGCAUGGGAAAACCGAACGUGAAUACAGAGGAGAUAAGAGCAAGGGUUCUCCCACCCCCUCUGUAUUCCCCUCGGAAACAGAUGCGCUCUCUCCCUCACGGCCCUGUCAACGUCGGUUCAGCUGCUCCUCAUAAAAGCAUUAAUCUUCUUAUGGCAUUCAGUGUGUGCUCUAACCUAGGGUGUGAUGUAAUAGAGAGACAUUAUUAUCUCAUCUGCUCCCAGGGGAUGGAACGUUGACCCCUUCUAUGUAUCGGACCGUUUCUUAAUGCAUCCAAUAACAUCCUUUGGCUGUCGGUUCGAGGGGACAUAUGCCGGCCGGUGGAUAAAAUGGGUGACGAGGGACUUGGGUAAAUCGACCGGGCCGGGCUUGUGUCCUAGCGUGUGUCUGUAACAUGUCAUGUGACCACACCGAUGUUUCUCUGUGCUUUAUUGGAAACCUGUCUUCUGCUACUUGGCACUGUCACCCAGAGAUCUGCAACAUUAUAUUUGCACAUUCAUGCAUUCUUUUAAUUCCUGGUUUUAUAAUGAUAAAGCAACGUAGCCUGGGGACCCAGAUGCCUGUUUGACUUGUUAAGAGUGAUAUUUUCUCACGCAACAUAUAUAUAGAUACAUAAUUGUUUUUUUCCGUAAUGAAUAAA